AUGUCUCUAACCUAUCUCCCAUUUCAUAAUCUAGUUCAUUGUCCAAAGUAAGUCAUAGAAUUUGUAUAAAAUCCAGAUCUCAAUCUCAAUGAUUUAAACAAUAUGAUAGAAUAAUUGAAAAUGCCAAAAAACCAUUAUAAAGCUAUUUCAAGUAUGCAAUUUUUAGCCUCAAAGUAAGAACAUUAUUUAUAGGAUGAUAAUACCCUUUAAAAUCAGGAUGAAGAAAUUCAUUCUCCCUAAUUCAUUUUUAGGAAAAUUUUAUCCUGA